CUCUUUCAGGGUGUUCUGUUCAUCCAUGCGCGUCUCUCUCUAACACAACUACCUCCUACCUAUCUACCCUUCACGCUCUUUGAAUGCUACCUUCCCUUCUUUUAUUUAUAACUCACCUUCACCCCAUCUUACUCUGUCUACAAUUACAAUUUACAACCUUUGAACCAUUUACUGUUCUUUUCUUUCUUUCUUUUUCUUUUUCUAAAACAACAAAUUACUCUCUUUCUCUUUCUUUUUCUUGGACCAAGAUGGCACCUUCAUUCGAUCAAAGUGUUAACACAGUUUGUGUAAUGGAUGCUUCGGGCCAGUUAGGUACCAGUUUGGUCGAGCGAUUACUUCAAAAGGGAUACACCGUUCAUGCCUCUAUUCAAACACAUGGAGAAGAGCAAUUUAAUGGGAUUUCAGCUGACACAAACAGGCUUAAGAUUUUCCGUUCAGACCCAUUUGAUUAUCAUAGCAUAACCGAUGCUCUCAAAGGUUGCUCUGGCUUGUUCUAUACAUUUGAACCACCUCAAGACCAACCCAACUAUGAUGAAUACAUAGCAGACGUUGAAGUCAGAGCCGCACACAACGUGCUUGAAGCUUGUGCUCAAACAGAAACCAUUGAUAAAGUGGUUUUCACAUCCUCUGCAACCGCAAUCGUUUGGAAGGAGGAUCGCAAGUCCAUGGAAUGUGAUUUGGAUGAGCGACAUUGGAGUGAUGUCAAUUUCUGUCGUAAAUUCAAGUUGUGGCAUGGGAUGUCAAAGACACUGGCAGAGAAGACAGCGUGGGCAUUGGCAAUGGACAGAGGGUUAAACAUGGUGUCCAUCAACGCAGGCUUAUUGAUGGGUGAUGAUCUCACCAUCAAGUACCCGUACUUGAGAGGAGCUGCGGAGAUGUAUGAAGAUGGUGUAUUGGUGACUGUAGAUUUAGGAAUCUUGGUGGAUUCCCACAUCUCUGUCUACGAGGAUGUCUCAUCCUACGGUCGAUAUUUGUGCUUCAACCACAUCAUCAACACCCACGACGACGCCGUUCAGCUUGCCCGCAAGUCAACUUCUGUAGCUCCUUCCUUACCUCAAAGCCGUGACCAAGGUAAGGGUUUUAUCCAGCAAAGAAUAAGCAACAGGAAGUUGAAGAAAUUGAUGGUGAAUUCAUUGGGUUGACUCCGAUCGCCAUCUUUUUAUAUGCUGCUUAAUACAAUCUCCACCUGUCUGAUACUCUUCUGCCCGUGGUGAAAGUAAUUGACAUCAUCGAAAAAUAUUAUACGUAU